GAGUAGCAGGUGCAAAACGGUCGAGUUUAUUUCCGACCCCCUUCACGGCAGGUGCUCUUGUGUAAGGUGUGCUAAAAGUGUUCAGAUUCAGGACGGCGAAGUGAGAAUAUAGAACUUUGUAGAAGGUGUUGGGAGGAUAUUAUAGAGUGAAAUAAUCUGCAAUUAAUGUGUCUCGUGUAAAAUCGGACAAAGGAUUAUGAUUUUCUGAAUAUAAAGAAACAAAAUGAAGAACGGACUAACAUCGGCGCUGCUGGCGAUACUUGCCAUCGCACUGUGCUCGCUACCCUCGAGUCACACCCAGGAGAAUAUACAGACACGCGUAGCUCCCGGUCUGCUGGAAUGCUACGAACAACCGGAGCUGUUUGAGCGCGAUUUGCGCUUGCCCAUGACAAUGAACAUGCUGAUCGAACUGAUUCGCAAGAUUGAAGACGCACCCGAGUUCCGUCAGGACAUCCGUCAGCUAGCCAUUGGGGCACUGCAUCGAUUCCGGCAGGAUGGAAUCGUGAGGGCACCCGGAGCGCAGAAUAUUGCCGGGGUUCUACCCUUCAGUCCGCUGGGAUUCCACUUUACCAAACACAGGAUACUGUUCUCGAGGUUGUUACCGGGAAAUGCGCAAAGUUUCCCGAAUACUACCUUGACGGCGCAGGAGCGGUGCGCCCUCCAUUUCAUGCUAUCAAGUUCGAUCGAUACGAUGGUUCGCGGUGACGAGAAUGUCCGUUGCACCCAGCUAUCUCAGUAUCGCGCAGUUCGAGUGCCACGGGAUAUCGAUUUGAAGGAUAGAAGCAAACUCAGAUCGAACUAUCUGGGAGACGUCGAGAUGUUAGCCCAGCCGGAGAUGAAUCAGAUUCGAAAGCAGAUUAGGAAGUCCAAGCAGUCGGCACGCUUGGAGAUGGAUCCGGAAGAGGACCAGGCGGUCGAACCCAAGGAAGACGCCGGUGAUGCUGAAGCAAAGGAAGAGGAACCGUUGGAACCUUCGGUGUUGGUUGAAGAUGCUCUGGUGGACAUUGCGUCGAACGCGAUCAGUGCUUGCCCGGUCGAGAAUGGUGUCGUUCUCACCCAGUGGGGUACCGUAGCCGCUGGUACCGUUCUAGCUGGUAUUGCCGCCGGUCUGGAACCACAGACUGUUCAGCUUCGUGAUUUGCUUCCACCGAAAAAUGCCCAAUUUAGAGCGCGUCAGCAGGUUCAACCAAUGCGAGUGGAUAAUCGUUGGGCUGCUACGCUAUCCGGCGAUCUGGCAGAAGUAACUCUCCUGCAUGCCCCUUCGCAACCAACAAACAUUCAAGUUGGUGCGGCUGGAGCUUGGAAUGAUACCGUGUCCCCUCGUUGGUUCUUCCUAAGCCAGAGAACGGCUCUUGAAAUGACCGAUGCCGAAAUUCGGGGUGGCAUCGAUGGACUCACGUUGGCCAGUAACAUUGCCGAGUGGAGAAGCCGUGCCAAUACACUGAGGUUGAGCCAGCUCCUGGACAUGUACUACUCGCACAGGGGUGUGUUCAGUCGGCAGAUGCGUUCGUGCAAUCGACGGGAUCUCUUCUCCCAGUCGGCACCCAUUCAGAUGAUGCGAGAUCAAGCGGCGGCGUUUAGCAAUGUGUUGGACAAGGAGAUGCAGAUGGCCUUCACCGUUACCCAGAGUGCGAUCAGCCAGUUUUCUGCGGCAGCCGCUGAUGCACUCGCAAGCUAUGUUCCAUCCGCAUUGAACGAUUUAUCCUGCGAAGCAACUGCGGUAAUACCAAAUGACCCAACCAUUUGGAGAACAGCAUCGGAUUUAUUUAUAUUCGUCGAUGGUUCGUGGUCUUACAGGGAUAUCUACGCCAUCAUUAGCCACCUAUUGAACGGAUUAGACGUUGGCCGAUUCGGAACAACUUACACUAUUUUGAACGCAAUGACUGGUAGUGUGAUAAUCAAUUCGACGCAAUCGCUGUCCGACUUCCACGCUACUUAUACCAAUGCACUUCAUCAGACUCAGCAACCUGGACUUAGUAUGCCCGCGGUGCUGCGUAAUCUACGCAGCCAAAUCACCCCACUUAUGAGUGCCGAACGUACAAAUUCCAGCAUGAGUGGCCGAUCGAUGAUUGGUCUGAUCAUGCCGAACACGGCUGUCGUUAGCGAAGGUGACACCAACUAUGCUAUCGAACAGCUGCAGAUUCUAGGCGAGGAGAUACCCGAUUUGCGGUUGAUCUUCUUCGCCGGAGGUAGCCACACUCGGUUCAACCGAUUCGUUCGCGAUGAAAGCCGAGAUACGUAUCAGUUGCGUGAGCUGGGCAGCGGGGCCGUCAUCGACACGGUUCACGUGCAAACUAACCCGGUUAUCCACCGGAUCCAACAGGAGCCUCGACGUAUCGUUAAUCCACGCUGCGGACACGAUUGGAUUCAGAGUGACUGGGGAUCGAACUCGUUCAAUCAAUACGUCGAACCAGGGGGUAUUGUCUUCUACCGCUUGCAGCCGAACUAUUUCUUUCAGAAUGGCGACAGUAGGCGACUCCGAAUUCAGGGUCAUGGAUUUGCGCCGCUGAGCGUUUGUCACUCCAGAUGGGUCACACUUCCCAGAUCCAACGUAACGCAGAACUCGGAUGUGAUCCAUUGCCGCACCAUUAGCAGCGAGACGGUUGAUAUCGAUCUGUCCAGCGCAUGCGAUGGUCAGUCCGUGAUUCAUACCUGCACACCGUUAUUCUUCUCGGUCCAACAUGCCCAGCAAACCGAGGUGACCAGUACGAGAUGCAUUGAGAAUGAGUGCCGCUUCCCGGAUAAUGCCCGUUUUACCUUGAUCGUUGAUAACCUGGGUUGCUUCAGUGGUUCAGGAAAAAUGAUCGGUUCAUUGGCGCUGGUGGUUGUUGCCUUGUUGGGAAUAUAUUUUAGGCAGUAGAAAAGACGUAUGGUUCAAUAAGUUCAGUAUUCCGUCGCAUUGCUAUGUGUGACAAGCCAUUCCACAGUUCAAUCAUUCAUCGUUUAGGGCAGUGUCGAAUAGAUGUAUGUAGUUUUGUAACAACUUUUCGUUGAUUUCAGUGUGAAUAAAAUCUAAAUUAAA